GCUAUUGUUGUUGUCUACUUUAUAAUUGUCAUGGUGGUUGGAAUCUGGUCAUCAAUGCGUGUCAAUCGCAGCACUGUUGGGGGGUACUUCUUGGCUGGUCGUUCAGUGACUUGGUGGCCUAUUGGAGCCUCUCUGAUGUCCAGUAAUGUUGGCAGUGGUUUAUUUAUUGGUCUAGCAGGGACAGGAGCAGCUGGAGGAAUUGCUGUUGGGGGAUUUGAAUGGAACGUAAGAGAUGCACACACACACACACACACACACACACACACACACACACACUCUCAGGCAGCAUGGGUUCUGGUAGCUCUGGGUUGGAUAUUUAUCCCCGUUUACAUCUCUGCUGAAGUGGUAACAAUGCCUGAAUACCUGGCCAAACGCUUUGGAGGCCAGAGGAUACGCAUAUACAUGUCUGUUCUGUCACUUAUUCUCUACAUUUUCACCAAAAUAUCAACAGAUAUUUUUUCCGGGGCAUUGUUUAUCCAGGUGUCAUUUGGUUGGAAUCUGUAUCUGUCUACAGUCAUACUGUUGCUGGUGACUGCUGUCUACACUGUGGCAGGUGGUUUGGCAGCUGUGAUCUACACUGAUGCUCUCCAGACUUUGAUCAUGGUUGGGGGAGCUUUUGCCUUAAUGUUCAUAGCAUUCUCCAAGGUGGGCUGGUAUGAGGGCCUUGUGGAUCGUUACAUGUCAAGUAUUCCCAAUGUGACUGUUCCCAACACCACCUGCCACUUACCCCGUAGUGAUGCUUUCCACAUGUUCAGAGACCCUGUAACAGGGGAUUUACCCUGGCCAGGUCUACUGUUUGGGCUCACUGUACUGGCUACAUGGGUCUGGUGCACAGAUCAGGUUAUAGUCCAAAGGUCUCUGUCAGCCAAAUCUUUGUCUCAUGCUAAAGCAGGCAGCGUGUUGGGUGGCUAUCUCAAACUGCUCCCUAUGUUCUUCGUUGUGAUGCCAGGAAUGAUAAGUCAAGCACUAUUCCCAAAUGAGGUUGGUUGUGUGGAUCCAGAUAUCUGUCAAAGUGUGUGUGGUGCUUCAGUUGGUUGCUCUAACAUUGCUUACCCUAAACUAGUAAUAGAGCUAAUGCCUGUGGGACUUCGUGGUCUGAUGCUGGCAGUGAUGUUAGCUGCUCUUAUGUCAUCCCUGACUUCCAUUUUUAAUAGCAGCUCUACUCUGUUUACACUGGACCUCUACCACAAAGCCAGGCCUAAAGCUUCUGAGUUGGAACUUAUGAUAGUUGGAAGGGUGUUCAUCCUUGUCUUGGUGUGUCUUAGUCUGCUGUGGAUUCCUGUUGUCCAGACAGCCAAUAGUGGACAGCUGUUUGACUAUAUUCAGUCAGUGACCAGCUUUUUAGCACCUCCCAUUACUGCUGUAUUCCUAAUGGCUAUCUUUUGGCCACGAGCCAACGAGCAGGGUGCAUUCUGGGGUCUGAUGGCUGGACUAGUGAUAGGACUGAUCCGAAUGGUUCUGGAGUUCUCCUAUUUACCUCCUUCCUGUGGUCAGCCUGAUCGCCGGCCUGCAGUCCUAGCUGAUGUCCACUACUUGUACUUUGCUCUCAUCCUGUUGGCUCUCACAUGCCUCAUCAUUGUUGCUGUAAGCCUGGCCACUGCCCCAAUACCUAAAGAACAUCUGCAUAGGCUGACCUGGUGGUCCAGACAUAGUCUUGAACCGCGGAUGGAUCUCUCAAGUCUUCAGAUCACCUCUGACCAAGUGGACUCUAACCUCAGCUCAGAGUCUGACCGAUUGCAAGAAUCCACUUGGAAGAAAGUUGUUCUGUGGCUUUGUGGUUUGGCUAGUUCACGCUCCGAGUCGGCAGCUCCAGUGAUUCAAAACAGUGAACGAAACUUCCUCCAGGAGAAGUCACUCUGGAGAAUAGUCUGCGAUGUUAACGCCCUGCUACUGCUGGUUGUUAACGUGUUUCUCUGGGGAUACUUUGCUUAAUGUGGUCAUGAAAUCUUGAACAUGUUGUUGUUUUUCUUACUUCUUACUCUUCUUAAUAACUUUACUUUUCUAAACUAUUCAGGAAAGAGGAAGUGGGACAGAAAAGGGAUUCUCAGAAAUGAAACAAUGAACUAAUUAUUCUCUAUUGAUUCAUAUCGUGCUCAAGGUUGCUCUCAAGUAAUAUUAUCUAUAAUUACAUGAUCUACUAUACAAUUCUCUGUUCAUUAAAUGGGAAAUUACUUUUGUCUGUCAGGUUGUUACUUUUGUCGCCAACUCAUUCUAUUGUAAGUUACCACUGGAUAAACAUGAAUAUCAUCUGAAUUUUUAUGUCAAUUAAUUACUGGGAAGGAGAUUAAAGUAGAGGAUCUACUCACCAACAGAAUUCCUUUUUUUUUAUAACUUUCUGAAUAGUUUUAAACUCAUAUGGCAGAAAUAUACCAACAUCAAGAAUUGAAAAAAAUUUACUAUAAAAUUACCAUCCUGUACAAAACUACUUCUUGCAGGCUAAACAGAUAGAUAGAUAGAUAGAUAGAUAGAUAGAUAGAUAGAUAGAUAGAUAGGUGCGACUAUAUAACCAAAGAUAAGUGGAGCAUUGUACAGCAGGCACUGUGCAUUCAUUAAAAAAUCAAUCUCAUCCCAAAAAAUGAACUCGAACAUCCAUAUACAUUUCAGACGGGUGACUGUCUAACACACCUUUUGAAAUUUGAUGAGAUGAUCUAAUACCUGACAUGCAAAAAUCAUUCCUGGCUUCAGGAAGGAUUUGACCUUGUGAACUUGGUGGUAACAGAUGUACCAGCAGUAUGGUUGUAAUGAUUGUAGCUAUGUUGCUGUUAUAUCCAUUAAGGCAAAAGUAUUUCUUGAUUUUACAGAAAAUUUUCAGAAAGAAUAGACUAUUGCUAAUAAACUGCAGCCAUUUGACAAAUAAAUCAAUAAAUAAAUGUCUUACCCCAUUUACCCAUACCUGUAUACAGGCAAGAGAGAUAAGAUUCACAUCCAGUUAGCUCAUCAACUGCCUUUGUUAGCAAACAAUGUACAGUUCAAUCUGCUCAACUUGAAAAAAUAAAAUAGCCCUUUAUUGUGAUUGUUCAUGUACAACAAAAUUAUGGGUGCUCCAUACCAACUGUCCCAGAAUAAAAUAUAAAUAUUAGGCACAAGGCAUGAAAAGCAAACAUUAGUACAAGUGAAUCUGACAGGUACAGUUAGGAAGUAGUGCAAAAGACUUUUUGCCACUGUUCUGUUAAAGGUUGAUCUUGGUUUCAUCUGUCCAAAGAAUGUUUUUCCCAAACUGGCUUUUUUAGAUUUUUUGUAGUUGUUGUUUCUUUUUAGCAAAGUCCAAUCUUGCCUUUCUAUUCUCGAGGUUUAUGAAUGGCUUGCACCUUGCAGUAAACACUCUACUAUUUAUUUUUUAGUCUUCUUCUUUUAUAUUCUCAUUUAUCCAGUAUAUCUACCAUGCCUUUUAUGCACUUUACACCCUGAUGUAAUCCAAUCUCCACCCUGAACUGACCUGAAACCCAUCUGUCACUCCUACUGCACACCUCACUAGUGUUUCACUGUCCUCAUACAUGUUCUGCUCUAGUCUUUCUCUAGAUCCACACUGGCUGUCUUUCACAGCAUGUCUUUUGUCCUGUCUUCCUCACAACAUGGUGAUGGCCGUCCAUCCCUAAUUUUGUUGGAGGUUUCUUCCUGUUAAAAGGGAUUUUUUUUCUUCCCACUGUUGCCAAAACACUUGCUUAUAAGGGGGUUAUAGGAUUGUUAGGGUUUUUUCUAUUUUCUUUGUAUUAUUGU